UUAGUGGAGAAUUACUUAAUAGAGAUUGCACGCAGCCAUAAUGUAGCAUUUGAGCCUGAUCGUACUGUUUUUUUGGAGGUAGGUAAUGCCACAUAUAGACUGCCUUAUGAAAUAACCCCCAACCAAUCAAUCAUCAAUUAUAAUCAGAAAAUCUCUUUAUAAAAAUGUCAUAUAUUUGUAACUUUGCGCAAGUCAGAGUACAUGUAUAUUUUUUUAUACAAAUGUGUUUAGUUUUUUAUCAGUGGACCACUUUUAUUUUAUAGUUGGGCUUAGAAUUUUCUCUGUGCUUUUGGGUGAUUGGAUUGAGGCCAUUAAAUGACACAAGUUUUUGAUAUGUUUAUUUUCCAACAAGAAAUUUUAUUUUUUUCCUGCCAUAAUUGACAAAUGUAAUAGUGACAAACAGCGCAAAGAUGGGUUGAAAAUGUGGCAAUGAUGAAGAAAAGCAGAAAAAGAAUGGUGAAAUGCUGACGUGGACAUGGCUUCCCCCUUAACCCUUUAAGUCCCAAUAGUGACAAAGAUCAAUUUUCUCUUAACAAUAUCCAUACACUGUCAAGAGAUAAGUUAUGAGAAUUAAUAAAAUGAUCACCCAGGAGAAAAUGCUUGAUCUAUUAUCAAAUUCUCACAACUAAUUCUGUAAGGAAAUGUUUGGAGAUCAGUUUGGAGAAUUUCUAUAUGGAUACCAGGCCCCAGUUGUUCAAACGUUGGAUAGCGCUAUCCAAUGUUUGAACAACUGGGGUUAGGGCUUAAAGGGUUAAGACAUGAGACAACAGGUUUUGACUUUCUGACCAGACAUUCCCACACAACCUAAUAGGGCUAAGGCUAAUGAGCCUGUCCUUUUUUAUAAGCUGAAUGUUGCAGAAACCGAAACUUUUGACUCGGAGCUUGAUAGCCAUACAAUGUAUGCACCUUCUGGAGCAAAGAACAAUGUCAUGCACAUGUAGACACAGCACAAAAUAUUCAGCAAUGUCUUGUGAUGAAUGUCUUUAAGUAAGUGUCACCCCCAAUUCUGUGUCAGAUAUAAAAAGUAACAUGACCUCACUUAUUGACCACAUUACUAUUUGAUGAAUAAUCUGAAGGGGACUAUCUUUUCUUCGUCUUCUUAAAAUUGCAGUAUUCUUUUUUUAAAUUAAAGAUGAUGUAAAAAUGACCAGCACAUAUUCAUUCUCUUGGUAAUUUCUUGCUUAGGAGGAUGAUUUACCAGAGUACGAUGAACCUGGCCCCCCAAAGGGUAAUGGUUUUGGUGGUAGUGGCAGUGGCGGUGGAGGUGGUGGUACCGGUCGCAUUGGUUUUGAGGGGAUUGCAGCAGGUUACGAUGCACCCAGUAUAUCAAGCCCCCAAUAUGCUUCACUAACUUAUCCACCAUCACAUGUAAGUUUUUCUUAAAGUGUAUGGCCAGAAUUGUUUGAAUUUGCUGUUUAUUAUUCACCCAGAAAUCAUGGACUGGUUGCAUAAAGGCAACUUAAGAUUAAGUGGGAAUUGUUUACAACCACUCUUUAGUUCUGAAGGAUCUCUCUUUGUGUUUUCUAUGCUGGUUAAUCAUCUUUUGCUCAAUUCAUUUGUGUUAUAGUGCAAGCAAAUCCUCCAUAACUAAGGAAAUGGUCGCAGAAAAUUCCCUGAGUGUCUUUGAACUCACCACCAACAACAACUCUGCAAGCAAACCAGUCUGUUGGUAAAAUCAACUAAUUAUUGAUAUUUAUUGUUCACUUUACAGGGAAGUGCACCACCUUACCCAGUGGGUCCCCCAGGGAAUGCACCACCCUCCUACCCUGAGAAGGUUUUGCCACCCUACCCAGGAGGCCCUGUCAAUAACCACAGCCCUACAGCUCCACCAGCAGGUGAAAAUAUUUCCAAUAAUUUUAUUGAAAACUUUAAACCUACCAGUUAUUAACUUAUGCUACCGUUGGUUGCAUCUAAGCGUGUACAUGUGACGAAAAAAAAAAAUUCUAAUUGGAUGAAAACAAGACAUGUUACUGCGCUUUUCACAAAUAUGCGAACUCUAAAGUUCAAAAGCCGCCUUCACAAUUGCGUUUUUCACUGCCAUCAAUCAUAAUUACGAUCACAAGUAACGAACCUUGAAACACACAAACACACAAAAUGGAUCGAAAUCCACCAAUCACAAAUCACAAACCAUGACCUUUUGAACCCGUUAAAGUAAAGUUUUGUUUCCUGAGAGGUCCGUUAAGAUGACUGACGGCAGCGAAAAACGCUAUUGUGAAGACGGCGUUUGAACUUCAGAAUUCGCAUGGUUGUGAAAAGCGCAGUAAUUGCCGCCAAACUGUUGAAGUUUGGGGUGGCAUUAGACGAAUGUUCAAUGUAAAGUAGGUAGCUGUUUGUUGACUUGAUUUGCUUUUGUUCAACAAAAUAUUCAUUGCAAGGCUUUUAGAAGAAUUCAUGGAGUUGUAAAACUUGAAAGAAUAAUUCUUAAAAGCAAGUGUGAUGUAUCUGAGUGAGAAAUACCCUGGUAUUACUGAAAAUUGAGAAAAAUAAAAGAUGUGUGGAUUACCCUGAUCAAAAACAUGUUAUUAACUUAACCUUUGGCUUAACAGUUUGUUUUAAUGGCUGUCAACUUCAAAUGUUUGGCGACAAAACACGCCAUAUCUGGCACCCUAUUAGAACAUGUUUUUUGUCUUGUGUCCAUUCUUAGAUGCAACCAGCAGUAUUUUGAAUAGUUACCUAUGAUAUGACCUUCGGUAAACUUAAGCGUUGUUUUACCUAUGUUACUUUAUUCAAGGAUGGUUUUCGCCAUCCUUUUCCCUUUGUAAGACAUCAACAUGACACUUGGUUUUUGCUCCUCUCUGGUUCAUGUGAUGUAUUGGUGAUUUUCUGGGUGUAUGGGCAAGGUUUUAGCCAGAAGGGUGUCCAGCCAUCCUAUGGAUGGCUAUUUUUGGAAGAAAUAACAAGGAAAAUUCACUUAAUCUCUUAUAAUUUUAUGGGAAAACAUGCCUUCUCGAUGGCCAGUUUUCAAUGUCUGGCUAAAGAAUGUGUGUGGGAAAUGCUACAGCUGAAAGUUCACCCUGCUUUGUUGUUAUGCCAUACUAAACAGAACAAAACAGAUGUGUUAUACAUGUUCAACUCUACCCUGUUCUGUCUGUGUCAUUGCAUAGUUGCACUAUUCUACAUAGUAUAUUUAGCAUCUUAAUACUUUCUUUCUCAUUUCCCAUUUUAUUCUAGGACCUCAAAAGCCCUCCGCGCCCACCGCACCCACUCCAGCGCCUCGCUCGUCAAAAGGACCUAGUUUUCCGGACCUUCCAUCAGUACCAACAGACCUACCAAACAUACCCGACAGCUUGCCAGCGGCAAAUAGUGCUGGUGGGGAGGAUGUAGACUUUGAUGAUCUCACCAGAAGAUUUGAGGAUCUCAAAAAGAAAAAGUAG